CAACAACAGAAAUCCGCCAGAAAUCAGAUCCUGUAGGAGAUGUAUCUUAAAAUAACACGUUCUUCACUGUUUAGGAGAGAUCAACAAAUGAAGCUUGUACCCGUACUUUGACAACAGCUUCCCGCAGUCCACGUUUGACAGGUUGUUCAGUCAGGCAGAGGACGCAAAGACGGUCAAGAGAAUUGAGAACUGCUCGUAGCAACACUAUCACUAGGUGAUACAAGACAGCUUCAACAUGAUGGGUGUAGCCAUAGAACAGGACGAACAGGCAGCAGUUGAUAUAUUGGAGUUCACAGAUGAUAAGCACAAAGAUAUGACAUUACUCAGGUUGAAUACAUUCAGGAAAAAUAACCAGCUAUGUGAUGUAGCUCUUGAGAUCGGGGCCCAUGAGAUUCGGGCGCAUAAAGCUGUAUUGGCCUCCGUCAGCAAGUAUCUCUUCGAUCUAUUCACACUGGAGGAAGAAACUAACGUUUCACAUUAUAAACUCAAUGGCUUUGACUACAACCAUUUUGUGAAGCUGGUGGAUUAUGCUUAUACUGCAAAUCUGACAGUGCCGGAGGAUGAGGUGAAGGGUCUCUAUAAAACAGCCAUGCAGCUUAAGAUGAAACGUGCAGCUGAGGGCUGCUCAGACUUUCUAGGGGACCGUCUCAAUGCACAGAAUUGUUUAGGAAUUCGAGCGUUCGCUAAUAUCCAUGCUGACACAAAGCUGACCCAUAAGACCAACGAGUACAUCCAGAACAAUGUGGAAGCAGUAAUGAACAGCCAGGACAUCAAGAAGUUGCCACGAGUCUGCAUUGAACUUAUUGGUGUAGACAAUGAGACAGACCAGAAUUAUGGGUCUAACGACAGGCAAAUUUGUAAACUUGUGGUCGAUUGGACUCAGCGCAGUCUCUUGGAUGCCGUUUCACUCGAUAUGUUAACAGAUCAUGUUAAUGUGCUUUAUAUGACCUCUGACUUCACUCUGAGAGACUGUGUGGAUUGUGACGACGAAGAUCUGAACGGAGCUGACAUCAUCACAGAUUAUAAGAAGCUUAAAACUAAACGACAGGGUAAUACUCCAAACAAACAAGGUACAGGGAAGAGACGUCUCAGUCCAGGGUCAGCCUCACAGAUCAAACAUGUCAUGGGAGUGGAGCCUAAAGACAAAGAGGUUAGCGAGGAAAAAGAAUUUACAGUUGUUGCCACUCAGAAGAUCAGCGACAAGACACUUAUGUGUAUAGCUAUGCUGGAAGACAACCUUACUGUUAUCUCCAUACAUCUUCGUGCCAAUAGUGACCGUAGUGGAGCCAAUUCCCCUGUUUUAGGAACACCAAGAGAUGGCUCCAUUGAAAAGCAAACAUCUCUGACCCCUCUUGCCCCAAUGAGUUCUCCCCGCUGUAGUGUGGGGGUCUGUGUCUAUAAUGGCCACUUGGUGGCUGUAGGGGGGUACGACAGAGGGGAGUGCCUUGCUACUGUAGAGCAAUAUGACAUCCAGGCCAAUAUAUGGUCUCCAUUGAAAUCAAUGAAGAACCCUAGGGGUAGGUUCGAUGUUGGCCUACUGGAUAACAAGUUGUUUGCGAUUGGGGGCUCGAAUGGUCAUAGUGAACUGAGAUCUGCUGAGAUGUAUGACUUUGGAUCUGCUGCAUGGGAACCCAUUGCUGAUCUAAGCUUGGAGAAGUCCAGUGCAGGUGUUGGUGUGCUGAAUGGCCAAGUCUAUUGUGUGGGGGGCUGGGAUGGUAUAAAUGCCAUCAAGGAAUGUGAAGUCUACAGUUUAGAUACUAAUACAUGGCUACAGAUGGCCCCAAUGAAUCAUGCAAGAUCCCAAACAGGUCUUUGCCCCCUGAAUGGUUUGUUGUACGCCGUGGGAGGUUGCAAUGCUUGGACGUGUCAUAAUUCUGUUGAAGUCUAUGAUUCUGAAAGCAAUGAGUGGACACUGGUGCCACCUAUGAAGACGAAUCGUCGUGGAGCUGGAGUGGCUGUUUUCAAAGGUCAAUUGUAUGUGAUUGGUGGGCAUGACGGCAGCCAGUCUCUCAGCUCUGUGGAGAUCUUUGACCCCAACACCCAAACUUGGAGGUUUGGACCCGAUAUGGUCAGCUGUCGUGCCAAUGUGGGCUGUGCAGUAAUGGGCAACAGGCUGUUCGCUGUUGGUGGAUUCAGUGGAAAGGCUUUCUUGGAUCAGAUGGAGUAUUUACAUGAAUCUGGGCAGGAAUGGUGUAGUUACCUGCCAAAAGAGGGCUCUGAUAGUAAUGGCCUCAAUGGACAUACAUCACACUCACCUCGUGAUAUUGAAGUCAUGAAGGGAAACAUCUCAGUUGUCAAUGGGUCAUCUAAGCACAAAAACGGGCCAGAUCUGUUGGCCAAUGGGAAUGCUUCGGUGACCAAUGGUGACACCCCAGCAGCCAAUGGGGACGAAGCUGUCACCAACGGUGUUCAUUAACUCUGGAUACUAUCCAGCAUCUUGUACCAUAUCUCAUUACGAGGCAACUCUACUCAUACUCUGGAAAUUGAGGGUUGUAUAGACUCUACAUACAAACUUUUGGCAUUUGGCACUUUAGCCUAACAUUGACAUAGGGUAUUUUGCAACCACACAAGGUUACAUAGCUUACUCUUGUCACCAUGCAGGCCUACGAACCACAACAUAUUACUUUUAAUUAUGAGAGUGUUUUUAAAGAUGGCUUAUGUAGACUUGACCAACCACCUUAUCAUCUUGGACAAGAGGAUCAAAUAUCUAUUAUUAAUUUUUGGACUUGAUAUCAAAUCAAUGUUCCGAUUGUAAAUAUUCUACCUUAUUUUUCCAAGUAGAGGUUGUUAAGGCACCCAACGUUAUCUAAUAUAUAUGGUUCUUGGUAGGACAAAUGACUUAAACAUACUACAGAAGUUAAGUCAGUGUGAUUACAAAGCAUUUUCUGAUUGCUUGUAAAUGCACUCAAACAAGGAGUAAUUUAACAGAAAAAAGACUGCAAUAGAUUUGUCAUCAGUGAGCAAUGAUAGCAUUACUCCAUUAAGUCAUUUGCCUUUUGAGCAUGAAUAGUGUGACAAGAACCAUUUCUAUUUGUUACUCUGGCCUCAUGUCUUACACAUCUGCUAACGGAUUGAAUAUGUUGUUAUUGUGUGUUUUUGAACAGGUCUAAAGUGUGACAGAAUAUUUAAAACCAUUUGAUAUUUUCAUCUGCCAUAUUUUACGAAGCAGAUUGUCAUAGACAAUUGUACAAACAUUAAGAUCAUGGUGAUGCACUUGCCGCUUAUUAAUUGUGUUUUCUAAGAAAUAUUCUCAGAAUUGUUUUUUGUGCUCUGAGAACGAGAGUUCGAUAAUGAUAUAAACAUUGAGUGUUCAAUGCUGCUAUUAAUGCUUUAUUUAUUUCAACUGCUUGUAAUUAUGCACUCUAAUGAUAUUGUGUGCUGUGUACUCUCUCAGUGUCAUAAAUCAUGUAUAAAGUAGAUU